CAACCCCUAAGAGUGGGGCUCGCAGGCCUACCUUACCCCAAAUGACAUGAUGGAGAGAGAAUAAGUCAAUUCGGAGCUGACCGACAAUAUCUAACAUCCUCACGUCUCGAAGCACGUCAAAUCCAACACGUCGUCGCCGACAAUGGCUCCCUCCAGGGCUCUGCUGGGCUCCAUCCGGCCCACCAAGACAGCCCAGACAAGCAUCUACACCUUCCUAGCACCCCAUCUCGCAAGCAGCAACAAGACCACCACCCCGAAGCAACGACACCUCUCCACGACCCCCCGGCAACCCGCAACGCCCAACACAACGACCCCGCAAGCCGGCGCCGCACCGCCAGGCCAGGGCCCCAAGCUCAAGCCCCUAACAUCCUCCCAGCGCGCGUUCCUCUCCUCGGCGCUGCGGGUCAACCAGGCGGGCGAGCUGGCGGCGACGCUCAUCUACGCGGCGCAGACGCCGCCGGUCGUGGCGCGGGAGCCGGCGCUGCGGCCGCUGAUGCGGCACAUGUACGACCAGGAGGCCGGGCACCUGUCGACGUUCGACGCGCUGCUGGCGCGGCACCGCGUGCGGCCCACGGCGCUGUACCCGGCGUGGUCGGCUCUCGCGACGGGCCUGGGCUGGGCGACGGGGGUGAUGGGGCGGGAGGCGGCCAUGGCGUGCACGGAGGCGGUGGAGACGGAGAUUGGGGGCCACUACAAUGGGCAGAUACGGGUGCUGCUGGAGAUGGUGGCCGGGUGGGAGGCUGAGGGGUAUGAGGUUGGCGGGGAGCUGAGGGAGCUGAUUGGCACGCUGCGGAGGAUCCGGGAUGAGGAGCUUGAGCAUCUUGAUCAUGCUGUUGAGCAUGAUGCCAAGAAGGCGGAGCCGCAUUGGUUGCUGACUGGGGUGAUACGCGCGGGGUGCAGGGGGGCGAUUUGGGUGAGCGAGCGGGUGUAGGAGGGACGAGGAUGCCCCUAGAGAGUGGGGGAUUGAGGGCUCGAAACGAUAUUGGGCGAGGGCGCUGUGUUGUUCGCGCGAAAUAGCAAACUGGAUGGAGAACCCUGUGACGUGGGUGCGAAUGUAAGAUACACUGGAUCUGUAGUAUAUGUGCCAUGCUCGGUGUGUAAGACGAAUGAAACCCCGCCCAACUAUGCAUCGCGAACCUAUUAUUACAAGAAAAUAGUAUAGAAAGGAAAAGAGAAGGAAAGACGCUGCAAUGCUUUUCUGGCAGAAAGCAUCAAUAAGGGC